GUCGUCGUGGCCCAGCAGGGCUCGAGUGAAGUUGGGAGCCAAACUUCUGCUUCCUCCAGCUGCUGUCCGCAGGGCCCGGAGCUCCCGUCUCCGGCCCUGUGGAUGAGGAAGUGAAUCGGGAUUAAAUAGCCCGCAGGAAAAGGGAGUCCCUUUGAUGGGAGAGUCGUCCGUCCGAGCCUGCCGGGUCAGUCGCCGCACCAUGAUGGAUGAGCAGGAGGCCCUGAACUCCAUCAUGCAGGACUUGGCCGAGCUGCAUCGCUCCAGCCGUCCUGCGGCCUUCCUGUCGGAGUUGGGGAAACCCAAAGCCUCGUCGCCCAAGAACCAGAACGACGUGAGGGUCAAGUUCGAGUUCAAAGGAGAGAAGAGGAUCCUGCAGUUUCCUCGGCCACUGAAGCUGGAAGACCUGCAGGCCAAAGCCAGGGUGGCCUUUGGUCAGACCUUGGACCUCCACUACACCAACAACGAGCUGGUGAUCCCGCUGACAACGCAGGACGACCUGGACAAGGCGGUGGAGCUGUUGGACCGCAGCGUUCACAUGAAGAGCCUGAAGAUCCUGCUGGUGCUGCAGAGCGCUUCAUCCAACAUGGACCUCCUGCCGUCCCGCGAGGAGCUGGACAACACGGGCUUCCGGGCCGGCUCCCAUUCAACAGACCGCAGCUCGCCUCCUCCGGGGUACAUUCCCGACGCGCUCCAGCAGGUGGCGAGGAACGGCUCCUUCACCAGCAUCAACAGCGAGGGGGAGUUCAUCCCAGAGAGCAUGGACCAGAUGUUGGACCCGCUGUCCAUGAGCAGUCCGGAGAACUCUGCGUCUGGAAGCUGUCCGUCGUUGGACAGCCCGCUGGACAGCGAUUACCCCAAGUCCAGGAUGCCUCGAGCGCAGAGUUACCCUGACAACCACCAAGACUUUCCAGAGUAUGACCUCCCUGUGUUUGAGAAGACGGGCAAAGGCGGGACUUACCCGCGGCGGUACGGCGUUCCCUUCGGCCUGCAGGACUACAGCGAUGGCAGAAAGACGUUCCCUCGCGCUCGGCGGACGCAGGUCCACAGCUUCCGCUCUCCGGUCAGCUUCAGCCCCACGGAGCCGUCGCCCAGCACCAGCAGCGGCAGCAGUGUUUUCACCCCCGACCUGGAGGAGGCUCCGCCCGCCAGCUCCGCCCCCGGACCGGCCCCCAACAGGAGGCGGCGCGGCAGCGACAUCGAGGCCGGCACCACGCUGUCCGUCAUGGACAUCAGUCCGCCGAGCCGCUGUGAGUCCUGCGCCUCACCAGAGGACGCUCUUCUUCUACUGUUCCUUACCGUCUCGGUCUGGUCCUCCACAGCACCGCGGGCGCCCACCAACUGGCGGCUGGGGAAGCUGCUGGGCCAGGGCGCCUUCGGCCGGGUCUACCUGUGCUACGAUGCGGAUACGGGUCGGGAACUGGCUGUCAAGCAGGUCCAGUUCGACCCGGAGAGCCCAGAGACCAGUAAGGAGGUGAGCGCCCUGGAGUGUGAGAUCCAGCUGCUGAAGAACCUCUGCCACGAGCGCAUCGUCCAGUACUACGGCUGCUUGCGGGACGGCCUGGAGCGCACGCUCUCCAUCUUUAUGGAGCACAUGCCGGGGGGCUCCAUCAAGGACCAACUGAAGGCGUAUGGCGCGCUGACGGAGAACGUGACGCGGCGCUACACGCGGCAGAUCCUGGAAGGCGUGUCCUACCUGCACAGCAACAUGAUCGUCCACAGGGACAUCAAAGGCGCCAACAUCCUGCGGGACUCGGUGGGCAACGUGAAACUGGGUGACUUCGGUGCCAGCCGGCGGCUGCAGACCAUCUGCCUGUCGGGGACGGGCAUCAAGUCGGUGACGGGAACGCCGUACUGGAUGAGUCCAGAGGUCAUCAGCGGCGAGGGCUACGGCCGGAAGGCCGACAUCUGGAGCGUGGGAUGCACCGUGGUGGAGAUGCUGACCCAGCGGCCGCCCUGGGCCGAGUUUGAGGCCAUGGCGGCCAUCUUUAAGAUCGCCACGCAGCCCACCAACCCGGUGCUGCCACCACACGUGUCGGACCACUGCAGGGAGUUUCUGCGGCGGAUCUUUGUGGAAACCAAGCACCGUCCGUCUGCGGACGAUCUGCUGCGGCACUUCUUCCUACAUUGAAGCCCCGCCCACCCGCAGAGCAGCCAAUAAGGCCUUAGCUGAGGGGCGGGGCUGCCUCUGGCCCCGCCUCCUCCCCGGAGCAGAAGGACCCUGACUUUUGGCUUCAGCACCUUAACCUGUCAGAGGCUGGUACGUGUUCUGGACCCGACCCGACCCAGAAUGUAAUCCACUCCAGAACCCAGAGCGACGACCCAACGAAACACACCCAGAAACUUCCUUUUCAGUCGGCGCCGUGUGCCUUCUGUGGUUCUAAUGGCGCCCGACGACCCGGAAUGACCCAAUGUGACCCGGUCCACCACGGUAGCACCUGGUCCAGAGGUUCUGGCCUCCUGGAUGGAUGAACUGCCUUCACUCCGUAACCCAAACCCAGCUGACCCAGUUCAGCCGGUGCCAUCCGUUUAUGCCUUUUCUGCAGCCGGAACCACACAGGAUCUCAGCCGGACUCACUGCAUCCGACCAGAACCGGCUGGUUCUGGUCUGUUCUGCAGCCACUAACCCCCACUUGAAGAGUCAGCUUCCUGUUCCCAUCAAAUUAAAAGAAUCAGAGUUGGGAUGCUUUUAAAUUGACCACAUGCUCUGAAGGUUUCUGAGCAGCCAAUCAGACACUGAGCUGGGGGCGGGGCUUCCCAAGGGGGCGGAGCUUCCUAAAGGUGCAGGUUGGGUUCAGAACCAAAGCUCCGCCUUUCACCUGGGGCCACUAGGUGGCAGCAGCAGGAAGUGGAUCAGUCCAUGCUGCUGCUGUGAUCGGUUGGGUUCUGGUCCCAACAGGAAGUCCUGCAGGCAGAGCCUCCACCACCAGGAGGCGCUGUGGGAUCCACUGAUGUUUUCUCCCAUUUCCUCAGCAGCCGUCUCUGAAGCAGCUUCAUAAAUCUUUUCUUUGCACAUUUUAAACACUGUUUUUUUGUGUGUGUGUGAUGAAGGUCCAGUUCACCUCUGCUGAAUGUAAUGUGUCAUUUUCACCUCCAGGGGGCGUUGCGCAGCAGUGGUUCAACUCUUCAGUAUUUGUCAGCUGCAGAUACACCCACAGUUCUCUCUUUAGCUACUGCUGUCGCACCUGGGGUGUGUGUGUGUGUGUGUUCUGACCUGCAGAGGUACAAACAUUAAAAUAAUGAUGAAAUGUACAGAUGUGUAAAAUGAAAAUGUCCCUCUUGUUUCCUGUUGGUUGUGUCUUGUAAAGGAAGCCAUGUUUCUAAUUCUGAUUGGUUUGUGACCAAUUCGCCUGUUUAUAUCAGAUCUGUAUAUCAGUGGUACACAUAAUUUUUAAUAUAUAUUUUUUAUUUAGUUUGUUUUUUAUGGGAGAUUUCCUGCAUGGUUGGGUCCGAGAGACGCAGCAGAACCAUUGGAUGGUUUCUGCUUCCAGAAUUAUGAUGACCAUGAAAACAAUAAAAGAUAUUUAUUUCACA